AUGCACAGGUCAACAACAGCACUCAUCGCCAUCAUCCUCUGCUGCCUCAGCGUCUUGUCGAUCGUCGCAGCCCAAGCCCAGUGCGGACCCGGAGUCGGAUCCUGUACUGACGGCAACUGCUGUUCUUCUGCCGGCUUCUGUGGGCCAGGAGAGACGUACUGUGGAGCAGGCUGCCAAGUAGGAUUCGGUGGAUCCUGCCUAGGAGGAGGACAAAGCCCUUCUUCCCCCUCAGCAACAGCUCCUUCCCUCCCCACCACAGAACCAUCAGUCCCUCCUACCCCCUCUGCAGCCACCCCGACCGUCGAACCAACCACUCCCAUCCCUACAUUGUCUCCCACCACCACCACAACAACAACCACCGACGCUGCUACAACCACCUCGGAGACUUCGACAUCGACCCGGGGAACCUUCCAAUUGCAACCUACAGGAAAGCCUUCGAGUGGUUCUUCUGCAGGUGUUGAGUCAAGGCUGGCGUUGGUCAUUGUCUUCUUGGCAGGUCUCCUCAUGAUCUAA